GGCCGGGGGGGAGGGGCAGCCCGGAAGCGGAAGCGGAAGCCGGAAGCAGCGAGAUCGAGUUGGUUUUCCGGCCUCACCCGCUGCUGGUGGAGAAGGGGGAGUACUGCCAGACACGGUGAGCGGCCUUCGGCCUCGGCCUCCUCAUCCUUGUCCUCCUCAUCUUCCUCUCCAUCCUGCUCCUCUUCCUUUUCCUUCUCCUCCUCAUCUUCCUCUCCUUCCUGCUCCUCUUCCUUUUCCUUCUCCUCCUCAUCUUCCUCUCCUUCCUGCUCCUCUUCCUCUUCCUUCUCCUCCUCCUCAUCUUCCUCUCCGUCCUGCUCCUCUUCCUCAUCUUCAUCUUCCUUUUCCUUCUCCUUGUUCUCCUCCUCUUUCUCAUCUUCCUCUCCGUCCUCCUGUUCCUCUCCAUCCUCUUCUUCUUCCUCAUCCUCAUCAUCCUCAUCUUGCUCUUCCUCAUCCUUGUCCUCUUCAUCUUCCUCUCCAUCCUGCUCCUCUUCCUCUUCUUUCUCCUUCUCCUCCUCUUCUUUCUCAUCUUCCUCUCCGUCCUCCUCUUCCUCAUCUCCGUCCUCCUGUUCCUCUCCAUCCUCUUCUUCUUCCUCAUCCUCAUCAUCCUCCUCCUCUUCUUCUCCAUCCUCAUCAUCCUCAUCUUCUUCUUCCUCAUCCUUCUCUUCCUCUUCCUCAUCCUUGUCCUCUCCACCCUCCUCUUCCUCUCCAUUCUCUUUUUCCUCAUCCUCAUCAUCCUCCUCCUCUUCCUCUCCAUCCUCAUCAUCCUCAUCUUCUUCUUCCUCCUCAUCUUCAUCUUCCUUUUCCUUCUCCUCCUCCUCCUCAUCUUCCUCUCCGUCCUCCUCUUCUUCAUCUUCGUCAUCCUCUUCCUCUCCAUCCUGCUCUUCUUCCUCGUCCUCAUCGUCCUCCUCCUCUUCCUCUCCAUCCUCAUCAUCCUCAUCUUCCUCAUCCUCAUCCUUCUCUUCCUCAUCCUUUUCCUCCUCAUCUUCUUCUCCGUCCUCCUCUUCCUCUCCGUUCUCUUCUUCUUCCCCAUCCUCAUCUUCUUCCUCUCCGUACUCCUCUUCCUCAUCCUCAUCCUUCUCCUCCUUUUCCUUGUCCUCCUCAUCUUCCUCUCCAUCCUGCUCUUCCUCAUCUUCCUCUUCUUCCUCAUCCUUAUCAUCCUCAUCUUCCUCUUCCUCAUCCUCGUCCUCCUCAUCCUCGUCCUCAUCUUCCUUUCCAGCCUCCUCUUCCUCAUCCUCAUCAUCUUCAUCUUCCUCUCCAGCCUCCUCUUCUUCGUCUUCCUCAUCCUCCUCAUCAUCAUCCUUGUCCUCCUCUUCCUCAUCCUCCUCAUCCUCUCCAUCCUCAUCAUCCUCGUCUUCCUCAUGCUCAUCCUCGUCCUCAUCCUCUCUACCCUCCUUAUCUUCAUCCUCGUCCUCAUCUUCAUCACUCUCUUCUUCAUCCUCAUCCUCCUAUUCCUCUUCUUCCUCAUCUUUGACCUUUUCUUCUUCAUCUUCAUCCUCGUCUUCCUCAUCUUUCUCCUCUACUUCAUCCUCAUCCUCAUCCUCUUCCUCCUCUUCCUCUCCAUCCUCAUCUUCAUCUUCAUCCUCGUCAUCCUCAUCCUCCUCAGCCUCAUCCUU